AGCCCAAUUCCGAUGAAACAGGCACACACCCAAGGGCAAAACAGAGAUUUGCUUUUAUAGCCACUAUACUUUGGUGGCUGGUGAGUGACUGACUCUUUGUCAUUUGCCAAGGAUUGAAAAAGGAGAGCCCUCCCCUCCAAUUGGUGUCUGCUUCUUAAUUUCCCAGAUCAAGUGAAAUGGCUGGUCACAAAGUUGCUCAUGCCACAUUGAAAGGACCAAGCGUUGUCAAGGAGAUAAUCAUUGGGGCGGUGCUUGGUUUGGCUGCUGGAGGCCUCUGGAAAAUGCAUCACUGGAAUGAGCAGAGGAAGAUAAGGACAUUCUAUGACUUGCUGGAGAAGGGUGAAAUCAGCGUCGUUGCCGCCGAAGAAUAGAUCUUCUGAUUUAUAAACAUGAUUUUGUGGUCAAAUUCGUAGUUUGUUGAUCAUUGCCUCUACUUUCUUUUUGGCUUUUGAAAUAAAGAUAAUGAGCUUACUGUGGGUUCUGAAUAAGUUUUUCAAAUUAUUAUGGAAUACAGUAUUGUUUUGAAUGGAAGUUGAUUAGUCUUCUCAUC